GCUCUUCCGCGUCUGAGGAGGCGACGCUCUAGUCUCUGCCGCCGGUUCUCUGUGGCCCGCCCGCUGCCUACUUGGCCACCAUAGAGUUGGGGUUCGCUCAGCGCCAAGUUUGGGUUUGCGGGUGGACCAUGACGCGGUUGCCAAAGCUAGUGGUCCUUGAUCUGGGUGAGGAACGGCUGGGAGAACUUAAUUACACGCUCUGGCCUUUCUGGGUUGAUACACACGUAGACCCCCCAUUCCACAAGAACAGGGAUGGAACUAUACGAGAUAGGCGGGGCAAGAACAUCCUAUUGUACCCGGAGGUACCCGAGGUCUUGGAAAGAUUAAAGAGCCUUGGAGUGCCAGUUGCCGCUGCUUCAAGGACAGGCGAGAUAGAAGGGGCCAACCAACUGCUGGAGCUCUUUGACCUUGUCAAGUACUUCGCUUAUCGGGAAAUCUAUCCUGGCAGCAAAGUCACACACUUUGAGAGGUUGCACCACAUGACUGGAUUCCCUUUCUCUCAGAUGGUCUUCUUUGAUGAUGAGAAGCGGAACAUCAUCGAUAUUGGCAGACUCGGUGUUACCUGCAUUCACACCAAGAACGGAAUGAAUCUUCAAGUGUUAGCUCAAGGAUUAGAGAAAUUUGCAAAGACCCAAGUUGGACCCUGAGGUCCGACCCUGUGAAUAAGCCUCUUCUGAGGUAUAAAACUGAGAAGUCGAGAAAGCCUUGUCAGGUGCAUUUGUAAUUUAUUCAAGUGCCCAUUUGUGACAGUCAAGGUUUCACCCACAGUGUGCGUUGUUUCCACUUUUCUAACGUGUAAACUGGGGUUCCCUGCCCUAAAGUACCCUGGCCAGAGUGUAGGAGAUUAGACUGCAUCAGGUCGUACACUCACGUUGGGACCCAUCCCGAGUCCUCUUCCAACUGCUUCUUCACAUAAUGGGGAGCUCUGAGGCUGCACAUUUUCUUCUGGGGAAUAAAAGCUAAUACUAUUUGGGAGUUAGGUUGGGGCCAGCCUUUUUGGCAGUAGGGAGUAACGCAGCCACUUUAAGAGGAGUGAGCCAACCCAACAGCCUGAUUCUGUGCCACCCUGGUUUGAAUUGUGCCUGUUGAUGAUGUCACGGCUAUGCCCUGGAGGGAUUGGCCAAGGCCUGUCUCAGACUUAUGAUGAAGGUGGGCAAUCACAGGGGUGGAGGCGGGAGAAGUGAAGCUGUCAAGAAUGGGCUCUUUUGGAAGGGUGAAAUUACAGACACUGGGCUACUGGGACAUGCUGGCCAGAAGGGAAUGGGAACACCAUGGCGUGAGGCAGGAAGCCCAGUCCUCCACCAAGCUCAGCAACUCUCUGGUGCCAGGAGGCCAACUUUCUCCAGCUUCCUGCCUUGAACUGGAACGAGUGGGGAUGUGAAUGGAAGACGUGGUCACUGUUAGCUCCUGGGCACGGCUUACGGGGAUUGGUUUCCAGUCUUUUCUAAAAUAUUGUAGCUUACUUGGUAUAAAUAAAAGAGGUCUAAAAUGAAGAA